AACUCGUCGCCAAAUGCGACCAUGGAGAAACAGGAAGAGCAUGACAACAGCUCACUUGCGGUCGGCUUUCGGGAGCGUGUCAAACAUGUCACUUGGGCCUGGUUCCUGUCGAUGAUGUCAACUGGAGGGCUCUCAAUCGUACUGGCAGAGACGCUGCAUAAGUUUCGCGGUCUCCACACAAUCGGUCUCAUCGUCUUCUUCUCCGAUCUGUGCCUUUUCACCAUCCUAUGUAUCUGCAUGCUGGCCCGAGCCGUGCUACACUUCCACUACUUCAAGAAAUCGUUCACUCACCCAGCAGAGUCCUUCUUCCUUGGCUCCUUCCUCAGCAUAAGCGUCAUCAUCGGCUCCACACAACUUCACGGCAUUACGUAUGGUCCCGGCUACCCAUGGCUCAUCUCUACCAUCAACAUAUUGUACUGGGUAUACGCUGCCAUUUCGCUCCUCAACUCGCUCUUCCAGUACCACAUCCUGAUGGCAAAGAGCGCCGUCCGACCAAUUCCAUUUCUACCUAGCGCAUUCCCAGCAGGCUACUCCACGAUGCUGACAGGCACCAUAUCCUCACUCAUCGCUGGGAGGCAACCUCCAGGCCACGCAGCAGCCAUUAUUGUAUCCGGUUGCGCAUACCAAGGUUUCAGAUGGAUCAUAUCACUCAUCUGCAAUGCAUUCGUUAUCAAGAACCUCAUGGAGAACGGCCUGCCACCACCGCAAAUGCGUCCGGCCUUUUUCAUACCAGCGGGCGCUGGCGCCUAUACAAUAGUCGCUCUGAUUGGGCAGGCGAAUGCUAUCCCCGAGUCGUACGAAUACUUUGCUGCUCAUCCGGGAACGAAGAGCAUAUUGCAGACUCUAGCGCUAUUCUCUGGAAUAUUUUUAUGGUUGUUCUCUUUCUAUAUGUUCGCUAUUGCCGUCGUGGCGAAUGUCAGUGUUGUGGGUAAGAUGCCCUUAGCGCUAGCGUGGUGGGCGUUCAUCUUCCCAAACGUCGACUUUACUUUGUCUACAGUGAUGAUCAGGAUAGAAUUAGAGAGCGAGGGGAUACUCUGGGUUGGCAGCGUAAUGACGGUGUUCUUGGCCGCUAUCUGGUGUGUUGCAUUUGUUGGUUGUGUGCGAGCUGUGUGAAUGAAGCGCAUCGUAUGGCCGGGCAAGGAUCGAUGAAAUGACAGGGCGUAUGUGGACCGUCUUACAAUUGCGGAAAGAUUGUGAGGGUUUAACCGGAACCACUUGUCGGGCC